CGUGGACAGAUGCUGACAUGCAAGUAGGGAUGGGGGAUGGGGCUAAUAAUAAGGAUAGAAUGGAUCGGAAGAAACAUAAUCUGUUUGGGCGUGGUGUGAAGCAGUAAAGACUUUGAUUCAAUCUCCACAUUGCCGUCGGUCCUUCAAUGCUGUUUGUGGAAAGAGGCUUUGAGACGUGUCAACCGCUAGUCUUGUCCUCAAUUUACACUUCCGCGUUAAGAGAAUUGCGAUCUUUGCACUGUUUGGGGGCUUGUCGGUUUUUUCGAUUUGAAGUUCUGCCCGUCGCCGGUUAUGGAGGUGGGAGCAGGUUCGAAGUUUCUGGCAGAAGGUUAAAGCAACAGCUUUACAUGGAUAGCUUCGUGGACAAGUACAAGAAGAUGACGAUUGGGGCAGAGGAAGAAGAACUGGAUCUAAAUGAAGCUGAUGUUAAGGUUGUGGCGCAUGAGCGCCGGGCGCGUCCCCCUCCUGAGCCACCACCUUGGAGUGCAAGCAAAUCUAGGAUUUGGAAGAAGAUGGAUGAACUCUAUUUUAAUUCCAUUUGAUUCAGUUUUUGUUUUUCUGUCGAAUUGCAUUUUGUUUUGGACGUGUUACUUUUUCCUAGUAGAGAUAUUCUUGAAUUUAGGUUAGGUGAUGAGAAGUUUGGUUUUCCAGUCAUUGACUCAGUUAAGCCCAUUACAGGAUCCGCGAAUGUUAUUGCUUCUACAGCGGUGAUGGAUUCUCAGUCUGGUUCGAGAGCGGACGGCGGACAUAAGGCUUUUUAACAUUUUGUUUACUUUUUUUUAUUAUAUUAUCAAUCAUGUGACGAAUGCUAUUUUGAUUUAAUAUAUUAAAAAUUAUGUUCUUUCGA